GGGGCGGGGCGAGGCGGCGCGGCGGCACCAUGAUGGCGCAGCGGGCGCUGCCCAACCCAUACGCGGACUAUGACAAGUCUCUGGGCACCGCGUAUUUCGAUGCGUCCGGCCGGCUGACUCCAGAGUUCACUCAGCGUCUGAACAACAAAAUAAGGGAGCUGCUGCAGCAGAUGGAGAGGGGCCUGAAGGCUGCUGACCCGCAGGACUGCACGGCUUACACGGGCUGGGCAGGCAUUGCUGUGUUGUAUUUGCACCUGCAUGAUGUGUAUGGAGACCCAGCAUACCUCCACGUGGCCCAUGAGUACGUGAAGAAGAGCCUGAGCUGUCUGACAAGACGAUCCAUCACUUUCUUGUGUGGAGACGCUGGGCCCCUGGCAGUGGCUGCGGUCAUCUACCACAAACUGCAGAACCACAAGCAGUCAGAAGACUGCAUCACUCGUCUGCUCCACCUACACAAGGUUGAUCCACGAGUGCCAGAUGAGCUGCUGUAUGGGCGCAUGGGGUAUCUGUAUGCACUGCUGUUUGUGAACAAGCACUUCGGAGAGGAAAAGAUCCCUCAAAGUCACAUUCAGCAGGUCUGUGAAGCAGUUGUAGCCUCAGGAGAGAGCCUGGCCAAAAGGAGGAACUUUGCAACCAAGAGCCCACUGAUGUAUGAGUGGUACCAGGAGUACUAUGUAGGGGCAGCCCAUGGCUUGGCUGGGAUUUAUUACUAUCUCAUGCAGCCUGGCCUCGGAGUGAGCCAAGUAAAGCUGCACAACACAGUCAGACCCAGUGUGGACUACGUCUGCCAGCUCAAAUUCCCAUCAGGCAAUUACCCUCCCUGCAUCGAUGACACCAGAGACCUACUUGUCCACUGGUGCCACGGGGCACCAGGCGUUAUCUACAUGCUUCUCCAGGCUUACAAGGUGUUUGGGGAACAGCAGUACCUAAAUGAUGCUCUGCAGUGUGCAGAAGUGAUCUGGCAGUACGGGUUAUUGAAGAAAGGCUACGGGCUCUGCCACGGGACUGCUGGCAACGCCUAUGCUUUCCUAGCACUGUACAACCUCACUCAGAACAUGAAAUACCUGUACCGGGCCUGCAAGUUUGCAGAGUGGUGUUUAAGCUACGGUCAGCACGGCUGUCGGACUCCAGACACACCGUUCUCUCUCUUUGAAGGGAUGGCUGGAACAAUUUACUUUCUUGCUGACCUGCUGGUGCCGACCAAGGCCAGGUUCCCUGCAUUUGAACUGUGAACCUACGCUAGGCAGUUCCUUGCCUAAAUCUUUCUGCACUUGGAAAAGCAGUUCAGAGCUGCUUCCUCUUCCUUCCGAACUCAUCGUUGUUUACUUAACUGAACGUAAAUCCAUCCUCCUAGAGCACGCCGAGUUCUCUAAUAUGUCUAGUUGUUUUGUUGCAUUGUUUCAGUUUAAAUAACAAGGUGCAGGUUUUGCUGGUGUCUCCUGAAAGCACAGGGCUGCAGCAAGGAGAAGGGAAAUAUGUACAGUAUUUUGUGUGCUAUAAAGUUUUGCUAUUUUCUGUAUCCCAUUUCCUGGGAGAAAGUUUUCUAUUGAAUGUAACUUUGCCUGUUUAAUUUGUUUGUUCUGGUGCUGCCAAACAGUUACAGGAAGUUGACCUUGGAAAACAAAAGAUAAAACACUGAGACUACUGCCCUUCAAUGUGCUUUGAAACUUUCUCUUUCUGCCCAUGCAGGGAGUAGGUAGUUCAAGAGCUGGGCUGCUCCAUAAGAAGUGAAUGUGAUGUGCUGUGGGAUCUCUCCUUUUUUUGAUGUCAGAUUGCAAGCAGAGCAGCUGGAACUGACGUGGUCUUGUUCAGCCUUGGUCUGAAUUUACACCUGUCUGCUUUAUAGGUGAAGGUAAUUACGCAUAGCUCUUUUGUGCAUCUCUGCCAGUGCCAGACGAAUAAUCCACUCGCUUUUGUGCUUAUUUGCUGCCUUAUGCUAAACCUUGCAAAGUCCAUUGGUCAUGUCAUGGAAAAUUGUAAUUUAAUAGUAAGCAGGAUGCAUACUGGUGUGGGAGCUCCUAUUUAGCUUUGAAAAUUCAUUUUGCAAUCUCAUAUUUAAAAACAUGGAUAUUAUAUGGAUGUUAUAGCAGAUCAGCAGCAGCAGAAUAAAAACAGCAACGUAUCUCACUGAGUUCUCUCAGUGUUCAGCCUGUUACCUGUCUACAGGAUAUGUACAGGCUUUUGUUUUACAAGCUUUCUAGAACCUGGAUAAUUUGAGGCACUUGUUACUGCUUCUCGUAGCUUGACAUCCACUACAUCUACUGAACUGGAAAAUCUGCUCUAGGUUCAACAGCUUUGACCUGACAGCACACCAAAAAGUUGCAAGGGGUAAAUCAGCUUCGGAGCCCUUUGUUGAUGCUACACUAAUUUGCAGCACCCCCUCAUUAAACCAUUGCAUAUUUUUUUUUAGCUCCAACCAUCAGCUCAGUACUGAGUACAGUAGAGGUUACUGACUCCACUAUACUACUUUGUGCUGUUUGACGGCAGCUCCUCAGCCUGCACAAGUGUGGGCACACACUUGGUUUUCAGGGGAAAGCUGAUGAGUGGUUGAGGACAAGAGCAGGGCAGCUUUAGGGCAGCACAGGCUGUCUCCAAGUCAGCAGCAAGAAGUGGGAGCUGCACAAGCUGUCUUAAUAUUUUCCAAAGGGCACAGUGCAGCCGUGAGGACCAAACCUGGUGUGUUCACAGCUAGCUUACCUCACAACAGUGGCAUAGGCAGACCUGAAAGAAGCUGUUUCAGUGAAGAGUAGGAAGCAUUCUGAAAACUCCUCCUCUCCUCUAAGAGCAGCCCCACAGCCAGCUCAUCAGAAGACAGCCUGAUGCACAGCAAUGUUCAUCUGCCUUAGGCUCAGCCUUCCUGGCAGGAGCCUGAAGCUGGUUUGUGCAGCCUAAUGGGUCAGCGCUGUGGUUCACACACAGGACUGGUGCAGAACUGGCAGGUGGAGCACUGUUCAAUAAAACAUGAAAACAA